GCGCUUGCAGUGUCCAACUCUUUCAAGCUCUACUAGUACUCCACUAUCAUGUCUUCUCGUGGCGAUCGUUUUAAUACUCCUUCUCGUCCUCGGGGACACUAUAGAGACAGAGAUAGAAGCAGAGACGGUAGAAGUCGGGACGACCCCUCUCGCUCUCGCUCCCGUUCACCAACUUCCCAACGACAGUUACCGCACAACGCUUCACCGAUUUCCGUAUCAGAUUAUUUCCAGAAAAGUAACGAGUUUAGAGUUUGGCUGAAAGAUGAGAAGGGGAAGUACUUUGACGAGCUCUCGGGAGAGAAGUCGAGAAGCUAUUUUCGAAAGUUUGUCAAGGCAUGGAAUAGAGGGAAACUUUCAAGUACGCUCUACGCAGGAAUAGAGAAUUCAGAUCUCCCAGCAACUUCCCAAACAUCCUACAAAUGGUCGUUCACCUCUAAAUCGACUAGAGCAGACAAUGCGGCCCUCGAACAGAUUCGCGAAUCUGUAGGAGCAGCGACCCAAAACCGUCCUGAAUCAUCACCAUCGUCGUCUGCUGCUCCCAACAAAGGUCGUAUGCUAGGACCCACAUUACCCUCUGCUUCCGAUAUGCAGCUCGCUAAGGAAACUGCAGCGGAAAUUCGAGAAGAAGAAAGGAAACACAAACGAAAGCGUGAACGUAUGGAAGGCAAGGAGAGAAUUGAAGAUAUGGUUGGACCGAAGGAGGUGGGUAGGGAAGGGAUGCUGGAAAAGAAACGUAUGAAGAGGGAGAAUGAUCGGACGUUUCGGGAAAAAGGGGACGAGGGUUUGGAAGCGGAUGAGUCGACUUUGAUGGGUGGUGGAGAUAGUUUCCACGCUCAUAUCGCGAGACGCGAUGCGGCUCGUCAGAGGCACGAGCAAGCACGGAACGAGAAGACGGGUACUGCGAAGGAGAGGGCGGAUGCCAUUAAAGCCAAAGAGAGUGCGACUAUGGCGAUGUUCCAGGAGAUGGCCAAACAGCGCUUUGGAUAGAAUGAGGUCGAAGGACUCGAAUAUCGGUUGCUUGGUUUUCGAGGGAAAGUUAUUUCACAGCUUUCGAAUGCUAUUGGUUUCAUCAGAUCAAUUUUCUUGAAGACUUUUGAAUGUGUGAAAGCAGCUUACCUCCACUCGAUAUCAAGCAUGACAAUAAUUCCGUCGUUUUCCCCGAU